GAGGCCGGUCCGGCAGAGCGCCGCUCCCCCGGCGCCCCUCGCAGCCCGCCCGCUGCCCCGGCAGCCGAGCCCCGGGCGCUGCUCUCCCCGCGUCUCUAGCCCCGCGGCUGGCCGAGAGCGUGGCGCGGCGGUGCGGGGAGGGAGCGCCUCAGCGGGGCCGGGGGAGGAGGGUAGCUAGCCGGGGCAGAGGGACAGGCCCGCGGGCCCCGGGUUGGCUCCUGCGAGCGGCGCCGCUCUGAGGAGCGGCUGCUCUGGAAGAGAAUCCUUGGACUGAUUGGACUACUUCCUUCUGCCAUUGUUGCCUGGUGCUUUCCCUGCCAGUGGUCACUCUCUCAAGGCCUAAAAGCUCCAAGUGACAUCAACAGAGAAACAUGUUAGCUUCCUCUCUCUGCUGGUGGCAUUGAGUGUAACAGCAGUUUGCUUCCAAAGGAGAAAUCUGAAGGGCCUCAGAAAGCAAGUUGUAUGGCAGAGACAGCACGGCUCCCAUCAACCUCGGUUUGGAGGAUCCCGGGGACCCUGCCGCUCCCCCCCCCCCCUCCCCUCGACGGGAGCAGUCCAGCACCACCAUCACCAUCUCCACCAGCACCACCCUCCGCUCCUGGCAGGAGACGCCCAAGGGAUGAGACGAGACCGCAAGGAGAAGAGUUAACAGGGGAAGCGCUAACCCGGCCCUUCUCGCCCGCCUCCGCCUGCCUGCGGAGAAGUGGGGGAUCGGGAUCCGCCGGCCGGGGGGGGCCCGGCGGAGAGGCGCGGGGAGGGCGCCCUCCUCGCGCCUCUCCGCCGCCCUCCCAGCCCACGGCGCGGCACGGCUCGGCACCACGGCACGGCUCGGCACCACGGCACGGCUCGGCACCACGGCACGGCGCGGCUCGGUACGGCUCCGCACGGCGCGGCGCGGCGCGGCUCGGCUCGGCACGGCGCGGCACGGCCAAGCGCCGCCCCCGCGGCGGGAUGCAGCCGCCGCCACCGCCCCGCGGGUGCAGGAUGGAACAUGAGGCUACCCAGCUAGAAAAGCAGCACGUGCAUAGUGUGUAUGAAAAUACAGCUGCCUACUUUAAUGAUCUGCAGAGCAAAGCAUGGCCUCGUGUUCGAAACUUUCUGCUGGAGCAAAAGCCUGGCAGUCUCGUUGCUGAUAUAGGUUGUGGAACUGGAAAGUAUCUCAGUGUCAACAGUCAAGUGUAUAAUCUUGGCUGUGAUUACUGCGAGCCAUUGGUAGAGAUUGCAAGGAAGAAAGAUGAUGAAGUCCUGGUAUGUGACAACCUUAACCUUCCCUUUAGGGACCAGUGCUUCAAUGCAGUCAUUUCCAUUGGAGUGAUCCAUCAUUUCUCAACUAAACAAAGAAGAAUCAAAGCAAUAAAGGAAAUGGCAAGGGUAUUGAUACCUGGGGGCCAGAUGAUGAUUUAUGUUUGGGCUAUGGAACAAAAGAAUCGUCGCUUUGAGAAACAAGAUGUAUUUGUUCCUUGGAACAAGGCCUUGUGCUCACGGCAUUUUUCAGAAUCGAAUCAACCUGGAGAUAAGGGUGAGUUUGUGCGUGCUGUAAAAAGCCAAGACAUGCACCCUACACAGCUAGUCAUCUCUGACUGCAGCUACCAAACCAAUCUGCAGCCAGAAACUGAUUCAAAACACUCCCAGAAUACGGACCAUUGCUUGUCCAGAGCCUGCUGCAUGAAAAUUUCUGAAGAAGAAAACAGAUUUUACAGUGCUCUAGGAAGAUCUUUCCGCUCAUGGUUUUUCUCCAGAUCCCUUGAUGAAUCAGCCCUGAGAAAACAGGCUGAUAAAGUGAAGCCUCUGAAGAAUGAAGGAGAAUGGGCAAACAGUACUGUACCCCUUCAGCAUUCGCGACACUGCAGUUUGGAUUUAGGUCACCGUGGGACACUGUUAAAAGAACGAAGUUUAGAUGAUGAUGAUGUGUUCGUGGAAAGCCUGCCUCUCAAAAAAGCACACUGGUCACCAGCCACAGAUGCACUGAAGAAUUUAAGUUUAAAUGGAGGACACCAAAGUGUAGCUCAGAGCGAGAGUGAAGAAGCCUCGUUUAUAAAUGGCCCAGUGGAAGACAGGGACUGCAGCUGUGGUUGUAAUAAAGAUGGUGCUGGUAAGUCUGAUGCCGGCAAGUUUUUCCAAAGAACUUCAACAACUGACUCCACUGACUCUGCUUUGGAUUCAGCAGUGUCUGUUGGGGACCAGACUGGUGCCACGUUGGAUACAAAAGCUUUCAUGCGUUAUUACCAUGUUUUUCGGGAAGGGGAGCUGUGCUCUCUGGUAGAAGAAAACGUGCCUGAGCUUCAGAUACUUUCUUCCUGCUAUGACCAUGGAAACUGGUGCAUUAUUGCAGAGAAAAGAGGAACAUAGCUGUAAAGAGAACAAAGCAGAACCCAGUGACUGAGGAUUUUAAGCUGCUCUUUGUAUACCUGUGAUUGUGCAUUGUGACACAGAAUUUGAAUCUCAUGUAGUUGUGUUCCAUUCAUUUCUGAGUUAUUAUCUCUCUACCUGUUUAACUGUCUAAUGCAAGGUCUGUAUAUAGGAAUGUAAGCAGUAAACAAUAUUUAUGUUUUGUUAAACUUUUAUGAAGUUAAAACUGGAGAGUUUUGUAUUGCUUUUAGCAAAUGGUUGUUUUUAAAUAUACUUUUCUAUUGAGAAAUAAAACCUUUUUUAUAAGACAAGGAUCAGGGCAUCUUUUAUGAGAAAUACCCUCUCAGUAGGAAGUCUAAGCUUUGUUCUUCAAAUGCUGAACAUGUGUCACAUGACUCUCUGUUCACAAAGUCCUAUAAAUAGGGACACAGGCACCUAUAAAAACAUACUUGACUCUAUAUUGCUAGAGUGCACACUGCAGAACUGGGAGCAAGCAUGGUCCCAGUGCUACUUCAUUCGGGUUAGAGUUGUUAAUGGGCAAAAACUAUAUACAAAACAAGCUCUACAUAUUCUGAUGUUUGAUGUGUGUAUUUGGGAGCAAAUGACAGAACAAAUUUUGAACUUUUGUUUUCAAAAAAAUUUAAUUUGUUUCUCAGGUGCAGGUUAAGUUUUAUGUGUUAGUUUUCAGAACUACUUUAUUUCCUUUGCUGUAGUUUUUCAUUGGUUAUGUGUAUAUAGAAGUCAGAGGGAUUCGUGAGAGUAUCAGUAUUAUGUAAAGGUCACAAAAUAUAAAGUAUUUGAGUUACAUAUAUCUCUGUAAUAAGCCUGGGAAGCUACGAUAAAAUUAAUAAAAAUCCAGUGCAUAUCUGGUCAACUGUCAUAUUUGCUCUUCUCAUUCACCAGCAUGAGAAUAUAUAUUAAAUGGUGUGUUAAGUAAUGUAGAUAGGAAGAGAAUACAAGUCCAGUUUGUAUGUAAAAUACAAAUUCCUGUCUUCUGCAGUUUAAGUGAAUCUUUUCACAUUUAAAUCAUAAUAAAGUGCUUAAACAGCUUUCCCAUUCCCUGUAAGACAUAAAUUUUGCUGAACAUGGUGCCCAAUCAUCAUCCAGUUGUAUUAUAUUGUAGCAGUUGCUCUCAUAUAGUUCUUUACACUCAAAUGAUCUCCCCCCUUUCAGUGAGAGGCUGAUGUGAGGUUUUAUAUGCUGUGGAUAAAAUGCACCUGGCUUCUGAAGAUCAGUAGUGAAACAAUAAUUGUUACCACCAGAAGCAGGGGUAGAAUAGGCUAAUUGCCCUUUUAGCACAGUUACUCUAUUUCUAGGCUUUAUUUGCUGCCAGUGGUUGUAGUGUAGGGCACAUCUUCAGCUAGAUUUCAUGACCUUUAAUGGAGCUGCAGAGAUUCACCCCAAAGAUCCAUCCUUCUGUUACAGCAGUUUCAGAGACCCACAUUCUGCCCUAUUGUUGAGCAAAUAACUUUGAAUGUGAAACAACAGGAGUGAAAUGUUUAACUUUUCUAAUCUCCACUGCCUGAGUAGAUGGAUUUAGGGUUGUCCAAUAGAAAGCCCUGAUGGUGCUGAGUAUUUUCAGGUGUAUCUGCUGAGGAGUAAUUGCCACAUGGUAAUGCAUUAUAGAUUUAUUUACCGGAGCAAUGCUUAUAGAGCAAUCAUCUUUGUCUUCCUCAUAGUUUAGGAUCCUUGAGCUUUAUCUUUCCUGGGUGUGUACCGCUUGCACUCCCUGAUGCCUUUUGAAAAUAAAACUGAAAAUAAAAGAGACUUCUGAAAUACUGUUCUACUCUAAGUGCUACUUUUGAUACAGCUUGGGGCUGUGGUUCUCAGAUUCUGUGUCUGAGCCAUACUUCACAAAACUGGCAGUGCUCUCUGUGUUGCUGGGUCCAGCUGCUGAGAGGGCUGCUCCUGCUGCAUCCUCAAGCUCCAGUUUUGGAAGCAUGGUGCAAAAAUACCCGUGCUGGCACAUUGCAGAGCCACCAUGGAUCGUGCUGAGCUCCACACCCCAUCUGCAACAUGCUGGUGUCAGACAGACAAGGCCUGCCUCAUUUGUUGGGAAUUUCUGGAGGAGCUGAGGAUUUUAGAAGAAAACUCACUUGCUUCCAGGUAAGAUGUACCAGUGGAUAUUGAGCAUCCCUGGAAUUUGGGCAGUGUUUAGGAAGAAGGUAGUUGAUUACCAUCCUAUAUCCAAUUUUGAAAGUUCAUCCCUAAACUCCAGCAGGCAGAAACUCUAUUGUGUGUAUAUAAAAUAUUUAUAAAAUAUUACUAAUCUAAACUGACAGCUGGGUUAGCUGACUGGGGGAAGGAACGUUUUAAGUUUGUUACCUGCGUUUCUGCAGUCUGUCUGUGGAGUAUUUGGUGCGUAGUCAAGCAGGCUGAUGAAAUUUGGGGUGAAUUGAGAAAGGAAAGGUGUCCAUUCUCUUUACAACAGAGACUUGCUAUCCUUGCAAGAAGCUGAACCUGUGUUUCAGGCUCCAAUGAAAGCUUCUUCCUCUAUCAGCUCUAUGAAUAAGAGCUCUCACAUCAAAACCACUGAGUUACUUUAAACAGCUUUUGUCUCUGUAGACUUUCUAUGCAUUGUUUGGUUUGAGAGUCUUAAGUAAUUGUGAAAAGCAUCCCCAGUUAUUUCUGUAUUGUUUUUUCUCUUGUUUUGAGCUGAUGCUAUGAAGUUGUGUUACAUGUAAGUUUGGAUUGUAUUAUUAUAAAUCCCUGGGAGAAGGAGAGGUUUGGUAAACUGUUUGGUUGGGGUUUUUUUCACCAUGUAAUGUAAUUUUUAUAGACUGAGGAUCAUGAGUGUGAGGUCUGCACAGCAAGCCUUUAUUCCUGUAUGCAGUCUCCCAAUCCAUUUGUGGAGGCUGCCUCGGUCUGUAACAGAUUUAUCAUCUUGUAGGAAGCCAGAUUACCUCACUCAGAUCAUGAUGAAUGUCUCUCUUGAUUGGUUUCUCUUUUGAUGAGGCCCUUCUUAGGCAAAAUGUAAUUUCCGGAAUAAUCCAUGUGAUCUCGCUCUUUAAUAGCUUACAGACAUAGUUAAUGUGCUCAGAGAAGUGUGUAUACCAUUGAGAAGUCCAUAGUAAAUGAAUAAGUAAAUAAAACCCGGUUGUCCUCGCAUGCUAAAACUCUCAGCAGUGUUCAGGUUGCAAGAUCUAACUGUUAUAAGGUAAAGGCAAAUGUGUUCUUGUAUUUCUUGUCUGACAAGUGAGCGUUAUUCUCACCUUAGUUAUGCCGAUAACAAACCUGCUUAUGGUGGCAGUGGGCUAGGGUUGCUCCCAAGCGGCUCAUCUAGCUUUAAGCGGCACAUAGAGAAGUCUUGAUUACAUGAGAAAAGAUGCCCUGGAUUUCUACGAUUUAAUUUACUAGUUUCAUUGUCAGUCUGAACUGGCUAAACAAAAGCUGCUACCUUAUUACUCUUACAGGCUGUAAUCCAAAAGGACAGUUGCAAUAAAAAAAGGUACAAUUGAACAGACUUACUUUUGAAGGACUAAUAUAAUUGCAGUCUUUGAUAAACGUAAUUUUGUCUUUUUUUUUUUUAAUACAUGUAAACAUUUAUAUUAGAAGUGUGGAAAUAGAAUAUUUUUUGGUACUAAUGGUAACUAAUUUACUUUCUUCCAAGCUUAUGGUGUAGAAAUUUUAAAAGCACAGAUGAGGAAUGAAAGUUAUAAGUAACUUGUAUAUAAAUAUGUACCAGAAAAAAUCUGCUAGAAUAUUUAUGUGCACAGUUUACAAUGCUGAGUGAAGAGCUGUUUAUGUUCUACCAGCAGAAUAUCGUUAGUGAACUACCUGGGUAUAUUCUGAACAGAAAUAAUGGCUCUGGUCCUGUGUCCUCUCUGCUGUGUCAUGCCUCCAUCAGACUAUUCCUAUCACUGUUGGGCUGCAUUAGUAUCAACAUUGUGUUGAAUCUAUUGGUCUACCCACUUCUGUUGCUCAGCACUUUUCCAGGAUUUGUGGCUGCUUUUUUACCCCAGGAAAAUGAUGGGUGUCAGUGUUAAAUAUAUACAAUUGUGUAUAUCUUCUGUGAGUUCAGCAUUUCUUACUCUUACAGUAUAUGGAUUCUGGCAGCUACCUGUGAUUUUAUCUUCUGAUCUGCUGGUUAAAACCAUGCUUAGCUACUGCUCUGUAAUCAGUUCUUUGUGCAUGGAACCUAUUCUAUGGUAUUUGGCAGAAAAUGAAUCCUACUUGGUUAAAAUAUUACUUCCUACAGAACUUCUGUGCUUUCAGACUAGUUAAUAAAUAUAUUAGCCACUGGAAA